GAGAAUAUAAGAUACUACGAAACACGUCGCGAGAUAUAUCACAACAUACCCGUCGACUUAAACCUCACGUGUUAGCAUGAUACUCUACCAACUUUAGUUUUUGUCAGGUUUAAGUUUAACCAGCCUAUAGGAACACAAAGACACUUGUCAGUUUCUCGCAGUUUUACGGUUUAAUUUAAUAGAAAUUAGUACAAUACGCAAUCUAACACUAAUAACAGUGCUCGUUACAUGCGUUAGUCUCCUGUCGCCGCCAUGGAAAUGAAGAGGAAUUUAUGAAAGGAAUACAUUAUCUUCGGAACCUGAAAUCAUGAGCGAAGAUAUGACGUUCGAAUUUUUAAAGUGACAGAUAUGUAAACGUCGCUGAGAUUUUUAUAAACUGGAGAGAAUUUUGUUUAGGUGAGAGUGAAAUAUAUAUAGUUAGAAUACCGGCUGAUAGAAUGGAAAGCUUUUAAAAAAGCAUUUCCCAAAACUAUAGCAUUGGAAAUUUGACCUUUUAAUUCAUCUAGGCCUAUUCUUAAUUUCUAAGAACAGAACCUUCGAAGUUCUAAAUGAUGAGUGCUUCAUUCGGAUAAACUAAGUCAGUAAGAAAGCACCGACUCAGUGACUGUAAAACUAAGAUGAACUGUGAAGUAAAGAAACCUGUCUAACACUAACAGUGAGUUCACUUGAAACAAAAAAUAUUUACUAAUUGUUGAUAUUUACGCCCAUCGGAGAAACAUUUUGGCAAACUUUAAUUAUGGAGUGGACUCAGGAACGAAGAAGAAAUGAGGAUAAAGUACAAGAAUCACCUGAAGGGAGAGGAGGGUUCUCUUUUACAAAGUCAACAGUAUAACCAACAGUUAGAUUCCAAAGGUUCACAACGCACUAAAAUAAAUUCCAAAAUAGCUCCAGAAAACUUCAGGAUCCAAACAGGCUGGCAUAGUUUUCAAGAUACCGAAAAGCAGCACUACAUUGUGAAUUUCAACAACAAUAAGCCAGUUGGUUACAACCCAAGUCUUGCUUCACCCUUAGAAGAUGGAAGUGACCAAGCAAUGUCUUUAUCCUCUCCAGAAAUCAUUUAUAAGAAUAAUAAUACUGAAGAGGAAUCUUUAUCAGAAUCUGAACUAGACUUCAACCAGAGUAAGCAGCAUCUUGAAACUCAGACUCUGAAACAAUAUGCUUAUGAUAAUGAUGAGAAAGUAGACUUGAGUGAUGACUGUAACAAUAAUAGUAAGAACAACAGCAGUUGUAAUUGUAGUGAAUUAGAAAAUGAAGACUCUUUGUUUUCUGAUUUGUCGGAUUCACCACAAGAUUAUUUACUAGAUCAUUCAGAAAACAUUAGUAAUAACAACUACACGUACUGCAUUGGAAAAAGCAACUCUUAUAAAGAAUUGUCAAAACCGAGUAAACGUUCUUCACCGGAAAAAUUGGUCAAUCAUAUGCAACAUGAUUCCUUCAGAAAUGUGGCUCAACAAUGGGAAGUUGACUAUUCUCAAACUGAGCAAAGAACGUAUGGCUUUAUUGAUCUUAAAAAUCAUGCUGCAGAAGAUUAUCUUUUAACUCAGUUUGAUUCUCCUAAUUCAGGAAGUUCUGAUUCUGCUGAUUUAACUCCUAUGAGUGAAAAUAGUUCGUGUUCUGAUUUUGAUAUCAAUAUGGCAACGGAAACGUUAAAUAACUUUUCCAUGUCCACAAGCAAACAUAGUGAUAUUCAAUGUCUGGUCAACAAGGAUGAAGAAGCAAAGAAUGCAAACAUUCGUCAAAUGGAUUCAUCUCCUACGUGCUUAGAAGAGGCAAAAAUUUUAAACACAGCCUCACAUCUUCCCAAAAAUAUGACUGAGGAAUACCAAGAAAAGCUGAAGAACAAACCUGAAACAGAAAUUACCUUUUCUCAGGAAGAAAUAGAGAAGUGUGAGCUAGACUGUUCCGAAAAGGAAAUUGGAAAAAAAGAAUGCUGUACCGAAUCGUUUUUCAAAAACUUGAAAACAAUUGGUGAUAAUGUGAACAUGACCGCUGGAAAGCCAGAACCUUCAACUGCAGAUGAUCUAAUUGGGCCAUUGUUGAGUGGUUUGCCAAGUCGUAGUGAAAAUACACAUGAUAUACUUUGUGAAAACUCUACCACUGAACACAGAAUCGAAAAUAAAGUUUGUUCAAGCCCCACUAGAGAAAGCGGUGAAAACAUUCUAAAACUACUUGCACCCUACCAAGACAAUUCGACACCAGAAGCUUUGGAACGAGAUGCAUCAGUAGAAACACCUAAAUGUUCUGUUAAUUGCACAGAGAAACAGGCGCCUACCACACUUUCAGGGACUAAAAGCAAAACUACAAACGGCAGUGUUAAUUAUAUAAAACCAUUUCAAAUAAGACAUCCAAAGGAGCUUGCUGUUAUUUCAUCGUUUCGACACGAAUCAAAAGAAAACGAACGUUCUUUGUUAUGGAAUUUUGACGAAAAAAGUUUUUUGUUCUCAGAUAACACUUUAAACAAUAACAGUAUCACAAACAGUGUUUUGUACAAAAGCAUGGCCGAAAAAGUUACUCUACCUCCUACUUGUUUCCCCUCGACAACAAGAGACGAUUUCUCGACGAAAAAAAAUACCAGUAGAUAUUCCCUUCCAAUAAAAAAAGAUAUCAUCUCACAGGAAACGUUUGGAAGCUUUGACGUUUACAACAUUGAAACAACAAUGCCAAAGAUCGAUUGGACUGCUAUGGAAGAGCAUCUGUCCCGAGCUGCUAACGAAUCUAAUUGGUAUUUACGGCGGCAGCAUGACCGAGAAGAAAUUCGUAGAAAGCUUGCUAUGGACUCGGAUAGUGAGGAUUACUACUGUGGAGAAAGAGUCACUAAAAAACCUAGUCUUUCAACCAGAUUGCAGAGUGGGAUGAACCUCCAGAUUUGUUUUAUGAAUGAAACAGCUAGUGACCAGGAAAGUCUAGGGAGUGACCAUGAUACAGAAAUCCCAUUUCAAAAAGAAAGUACACCUUGGCAAUCAUCAGUUAAAGAAAAAGACCAAAAAACAGACAUUUCAAACAAGGAAAAG